AUGCAGGAUGAUCCGGAAUGGCAGAUGGUGGGCUUUUGCCCCAAAAACAAGGACCCUGGAUUCGGAGAAUACGUGGGCCAGGUGAAGCAGAUCUUGCAGAAUGGUUGCGGCUUCAUUGAGUGCAACGAGGUGAAGGAGCUCUACGACCAAGAUGCAUAUGUCCACAGUACCGUCAUGGAACAAUGUGGGCUGAUGCCUGGCGAUGAGGUCUGCUUCAAUGUGCACGUCAGCGCUGCUGGUCGACCACAGGUGUCUGCCCCAUGCUGGAAGAAGAAGCGCGGCGUGAAGCGCCUUCGGGAGCCCUUCCUCCAAGAGCCCCAGGCAUACGGCUCCAAAGGAACAAGCUGGGCUGGCAAAGGCGGUGCCAAAGGCAGUUCAUGGCCGCGUUCUGUCGGGGAAAUGCUGAAGGCUCGACGGAUAGACAGCUGGGCCAGCCCUGCGAUGAGUGGCUGCAUCGGCCAGCCCGUGAAGGGCGCUGGCGCCAUUCCGGGCAGGGCUAUGCAGCUGGUAGCUGCUGGCCAAGGCAAUGCCGACGAGUUCCUGAUUGGUGCCGUGAAAAGGGUAGAUCACGCUAAGAACUUUAGUCUCAUCGCUUGCCCAGAAACUGGGUACGAUGCGGAUGUGUACGUACCUCACACGGUUGCCAGCCCCCAGGCCUUUGAGGUUGGUGACGCCGUGGCCUUCACCUUCACGCUGAAUCUCAGAGGCUUGCCCCAGGCGCUUUGCAUUUACAAGAUGGUGGGCUUUGCGUCUGGCAAUCUGCCACACUUCCCCGCACAUCAAGGAAGAUUGUCAAGACUCUUGCCCAAUGGCAGUGGAUUCGUGGACUGUCCAGAAGCCAGCGCUGCAUAUGGUCGGGAUGUCUAUGUCCAUGCCUCCGUGGUUGCACAGUGUGGCUUGCAAGAGCAGGACCCGAUCGCUUUUGAUGUUCACAUCAACAAGGACGGCAAUCCUCAGGUCUCCGCGCCAUGCUGGCUUCAAGUGAGCUUCGAUAGUGGCCAGGCCCCGCAAAGCUGGGCUCCAAUCAGCAGGUUGCCUGUGCCGGCUAUAAGUGCGGGCGGCAAAGGCGGUGGUCCAAAGGUGACCCUGUCGAAGGGCGGCACUGUGCGUGCCGAAGCCCCCGCUGGUGCAGGCCCUCGCACUUGGAGCUCUGCACCAGGCGCCCCAAGAACCUGGAGCUUGGCUCCGAGGAGCUCUCCGGGCGCGCCCGCGCCCAAUGGGGGCAGCGGCCGAGACACUUGGGGAGCCAAGGCAUCCGCGACUCAAGUGGAUGAGCUGGAUAUUGAUUGGCUGCCGGAGGGUUUCCACGCAGGCCGUGUUUGUCUCGUCGAGUUGGACAAAAAUGUCUCAUUGGUAAGAUGUCCGGCAUCGAACUUCUCACGCGAGGUCUACGUGCACCAGUCGGUGGCGGAGCCUAACGCGCUGAGCAUCAACGACGUGGUUUGCUUCAAGGUUCACAUGAACAGAAACAACCUGCCACAGGCUUCUGCACCAUUCUGGAAACGCUUGGGCGCCGACUCCAGCGAUGGCAUUGUUCGCUUUGGGGAGUUCCAGGGCUUGAUCAUCAGGGACGGCGACACCAUCACUGUGGACUGUCCGGAAGUGAUGCAGCUGCACGGCAGGGACGCAGUGAUGCCCGAGGACGUGUUCCAGUUGUGCGAGCUGGUGGAGGGAAACUUCAUUUGCUUUGACGUGACUGUGAAUCAUGGCGGUGACCCGGAGGUCUUGCCUCCAUGUUGGAUUUGUUGCUCCUCGGAAAAGUGGGUCAGAGACCUUGUGAGCAAGGGGCACCAGACGGAGGACGCACGCCGCGUGUGA